AUGGUGUCGAUUCGUUGGUUUGCGUUCGUUUUACUACUGCUGACUGCUAUAUUUGCUUUUGUCAAUCCACAAAUUGCAGUUCGAACUUAUAUUAUUCAAAAAGACUUGUUAAAUCCAAUUAAGGCUGGCGAAUUUUCGAUUUUUGAUUACACGGAAAAACAACUUCAGUAUCGUAUUGAGUCUCGACUUACUUUUAUGCAGAGCGUGGAACUUAUUGCUUAUCCAUCGAAACAAGUUGUCGCUAAAUUAAACAAGAAUCUUAAAUUGUUUCUCUAUAAAGGAACAAUUUCCAUUCUCGAUCCUCGUUCCAAUCAAUGGAUAAAAGGAACAAUUCACGAGAAGUUGGGUGGAAAAUAUAUAAUUGAAUGGAAUGGACAACGCCUGGUGAUAGGAUUCUCUAAAGGUUUUGGAAAAAGGGAAUUUCGUGACGAAAGUGACAGCACUCUUUUGGCUGAAUCACUUAUUAUCAAAGAUAAUAUACUUUAUAAAUUAGUUAAUAGUGGUAGCACUCACAUUCGAGCAAUCUAUGUACCAUCAACAGUAAUUUCUGAACUACUUGCAGCUCAUCAUGACCAUCAUUUGAGUGGUCGUUUUGGUGUUACACAUGCCUGGUACAUGUUACGAAACAGGUACUAUUGGCCACAUAUGAAGGAAACAAUUGUGAAUUAUAUACAAUCCUGUGAUAAAUGUUCUGCAGUUAAUGUUAAUCGCUAUGAGCCUCCUGGAUUUUUACAAUCUGUUCAACCACGUGAUGAAGUUUUUCAAGUAUUAGGUAUGGAUUGGUGGGGACCUAUCACAACAUCAUUUAAUAGAAAUAAAUAUGUUUUUGUGAUAAUUGACCGACUAUCUGGUUAUUUUUUUUGCUAA